AUGACAAAUCCAGAAGAAGUAUUAAAGGAGAUACUAAACGAAAUCGAGAACAGUGAUAAUUUUAAUGAAAAUAGUAUAAUUAAAAAAAUAGAUAAUGUAGCGUCUAAUUUGUGUACAACCUCCCAUUAUGAUCUAUUAGGUAGCUUAUUGAUCAUAGCAGUUGAAGGGGGCUACGAGAAAAUGGCAACGCAGUUAAUUGAACUAGGUGCAAAUGUUAAUUUACAUGAUAAUACUUUGAAAAACUCUCUUCUGCAUAGGGCUGUUAUUAAAGGACAUAUAGGAAUAGUAGAACUUCUACUAAAAAACGAAGCAAAUGCUAACGCAAGAAAUCAUGAUGGAACGUCUCCCCUGCAUUAUGCUGCUAGAUUUGAUAAAUUAGAGAUAGCAAUACUUCUAUUGAAAAACAGUAAAGCAGAAGUUAACGUAGUGAAUAAAGGCGGCAUUACACCUUUACAUUAUGCUGCUGAAAAAAGAAGUGCUGAAAUAGUGAAACUCCUAUUGGAAAAUAAGGCAAAUGUUAAUGCAAAGAAUUUCCAAGAUAAAACACCUUUACAUCAUGCUGCUGAAAAAAGAAGUGUUGAAAUAGUAAAACUCCUAUUGGAAAAUAGGGCAAAUAUAGAUGAAAAAGACCGCUGGGGGAAAACUCCCUUAUAUUGUGUUUAUAAAAACGAAGAUAUGAGAGCAGUAAAACUUCUUAUAGAUCAUGGGGCAAAUCAAUUUUUCAUCCAUCACUCCAGGGCAUCAAAGAUAGGCUUUCCUGUGGGUAUAAUAGCUGCUGCUGUAGCUCCAUUUAUUCUGAUGCAAGAUGCUCAAAUGUCUGCAUUAACAAUCGCUGGAAUUACUACUGCAUGUGCAUUAAUAACUGGUGGCAUUAUUUAUGGGGCAAUGUACAUGGCAUCAAAAUUGAACAUCAAUUGUCAAUUAAAAAGCGUUGAAGUUGCAGAACAAUAUAAUAAAGAGAAAGCUAUUUAG